UGGUUUGCCUAAUUACAGAAGACGAAGAAGAGAAGCGGUCGUUGUCAACACAGUGGCCAUAUGGCUCUGUUAGCCUGAAUGUGAGGGGGUCAUACAAAGAUCUUAGUGUCCGUUUCUGAAAGACACAAAUCAGACGGCGUCGUUAGUCGCUGUGCAGCCGGCAGCCAUGGCUCAUCUCACCCAAAACCCCGCUGAUAAAGAGAGGUUCAUCUGCCUCUAUCCCGUCUACAUCAACAGUAAGAAGACGCUGGCUGAAGGACGAAGGAUCCCCACAGAGAAGGCGGUGGAGAAUCCAUCCUGCACUGAGAUCAGAGACGUGCUGACAGCUGCAGGGAUGAACGUCUACGUGGAGAACAAAAUCCACCCCAGGGAGUGGAACAGGGACAGCCAGUUCAAAGGUCGGGUGAGAGUUCAGAUUAAGCAGGCAGACGGCAGCCCGUGUCAGGACAAGUUCGCCUCACGUAAAGAUGUGAUGAUCUACGUCGCUGAGAUGAUCCCUAAACUAAAGACUCGGACCCAGAAGAGCGGAGGAGGCGACACCAGCUCUCAGCAGGGAGAGGGAGGGAAGAAGAGCAAGAAGAAGAAGAAAUAGACUUUUUUUUUUUACACACACAUGUGUGUGUGUGUGUAGUUGAGGUCAUUGAUUGGAUGAGCAUCAGACUGAAUUACAGAAUUUUUUUUUUUUUUUUGCCCAUUUGAAUUUUCUUAUUCAGCUUCCAAAAUGAAAACAUGAAUCUGUGUAUUCAGUGUGAUCAGUAAUAUAUGUUCACCUGUUGGACCAGAGGGGUCAGUUCAGGUGUUUUGGUUGAACACCAGUUUCUUUAUGAGGGCCAAUAAAGUUUUCAUUUUCUCUCCUUU